AUGCUCGGCAAAAUAGCUCUCGAAGAAGCCUUCGCCCUGCCACGCUUCAAGGAGCGAACUCGAUGGUGGGCAGGCCUCUUUGCGCUGGACCCUGAGAAACAUGCCGCCGAGAUCAACGACAUCACCGAACAGCGCAUCGCAUAUAUGGACCAAUAUGGCGUUGGCUACACCUUGCUGUCCUACACUGCUCCAGGCGUACAGGAUGUCUUCGAGCCCAAGGAGGCUCAGUCCCUCGCCGUCGAAGUCAACGACUACAUCGCUGCACAGAUCAAGCCUCAUCCGACUCGGUUAGGUGCGCUGGCGACACUAUCAAUGCAUGCCCCGCAACAGGCCGCUGAUGAGUUGCGGCGGUGCGUGACCAAGUAUGGCUUCAAGGGUGCUCUGGUGAACGAUACGCAGCGCGCCGGCGCCGAUGGCGAGGACAUGAUCUUCUACGAUGGUGCGAAAUGGGAUGUUUUCUGGGAGACAGUCACAGAAUUGGAUGUGCCAUUCUACCUUCACCCUCGAAAUCCGACAGGACAGAUUCACGACAAAUUAUGGGCGGAUCGGAAAUGGCUCAUCGGGCCUCCACUCUCGUUCGCGCAGGGCGUGAGCCUGCACGUGCUGGGCAUGAUCACUAAUGGUGUAUUCGACCGUCACCCGAAACUUCAGGUCAUUCUGGGCCAUCUGGGCGAACACAUCCCUUUCGACAUGUGGCGGAUCAACCAUUGGUUCGAAGACAUAAAGAAGCCCCUUGGCUUAAAAGAGACCUGCAAGAAGACCAUCAGGGAAUAUUUCGCGCAGAAUUUGUGGAUAACCACGAGUGGUAACUUCAGCACGCCCACUCUCGAUCUGUGCCGCACGGAGGUCGGCGCGGACCGGAUAUUGUUCAGCAUUGACUACCCGUUUGAGAACUUCAAGGAUGCGUGUACGUGGUAUGACGAUAUCGUUAUGAAUGACAUCGACAAGAGAAAGAUUGGAAAGGAGAACGCGGCUGCGUUGUUCAAGCUGGGGGACUUCAAGGAUCGAGAGGCCUAA